AAUGACGUCAGUGCGGGGAAUAUGGCGUCUGCAGUGUCUAUGGACUCUACAGACAAACAGUAUAUUGAUAUCAAGUUAAAAUAACGACUAAUUAAAGCCGCGGUGGAAUUGUAAAUGGACGAUAAGGAAUCUUCGGCCAUGUUUUUUUAUUGUCCUUUUUCUUGAUCUCGGAUAUAAACCCGCAACACAUGUCAGAAGAAGCCAGGUCUGCCUGGUCAAAGAGGGGUUGUGGGGACUCGCAGCGCCGAGAUCAGGGCAAACAUAAACAGAGGAAAUGUGAGCGUCCCCUCAGCCUGCUGUCAGCUAAGUUCGAGACUGGCCUCGGGGCCCCCAAAAGGUGUGUGAUGUCGGCGGGGGAGGUGGAGAUGUACCUGUCCCAGGUGCAUGAUGGGAGCGUGUCCUCAGGGUUUCGGGCGCUCUACGAGGAGAGACUCCUAUUGGACGUCACACUGCUCAUAGAGGAACACCACUUCCAGGCUCACAAAGCCCUGCUAGCGACCCAGAGUGACUACUUCCGGGUCAUGUUCACAGCAGACAUGAGAGAGAGAGACCAGGACAAGAUCCACAUGAAGGGGUUAACAGCUGCCGGCUUCGGCCACGUACUGAGGUUCAUGUACUACGGUUCACUGGAGCUCAGCAUGGUCACUGUGCAGGAGAUACUACAGGCAGCCAUGUACGUCCAGCUGACAGAGGUGGUAGAGUUCUGUUGUUCCUUCCUGCUGUCUAAGAUCUGUCUGGAGAACUGUGCUGAAGUGCUGAGGCUGCUGGAGGACUUCAGCGUGGGGGUGGAGGGUGUGCAAGAGCAGCUUGACAACUUCCUGCUGGAGAACUUUGUUCCUCUGAUGAGCAGACCUGACUUCCUGUCCUACCUCAGCCUUGAGAGACUGCAGGCGUACCUGGACAGUGAUGCCCUGAGUCGCUUCCCGGAGAUAGAGCUUUAUGAGUCUGUCCAGGCCUGGCUACGACACGACCGCCGCCGCUGGAGACACACAGACUCUGUCGUCCAGUCUCUACGCUUCUGUCUGAUGACUGCUGCUAAUGUCUUUGAGAAGGUGAAGACGUCAGAGUUCUAUCGUUACUCUCGACGGCUGCGUCAGGAGGUGGACCAGGCUCUCGGCUACUUCCACGACGUCAACGAGCAGCCGCUGGUCGAGACGCGGUCCAACCGCAUCCGCUCAGUCCGACCACAGACCGCCGUGUUCAGGGGCAUGAUCGGACACAGCAUGGUCAACAGCAAGAUCCUACUGCUGCACAAACCCAAGGUGUGGUGGGAGUUGGAAGGUCCCCAGGUCCCUCUCCGUCCAGAUUGCUUGGCCAUCGUCAACAACUUUGCUUUCCUGUUGGGUGGGGAGGAGCUAGGGCCUGACGGGGAGUUCCACGCCUCCUCUAAAGUCUACCGUUACGACCCCCGCCAGAACUCCUGGCUACGCAUGGCCGACAUGUCUGUACCCAGGUCAGAGUUUGCAGUGGGGGUCAUUGGUAAGUUUAUCUACGCUGUUGCUGGCCGGACGCGGGACGAGACGUUCUACUCCACGGAGCGCUAUGACAUCACGGCGGACCGCUGGGAAUUUGUGGACCCGUACCCGGUCAACAAGUACGGUCAUGAGGGCACAGUCCUAAACGGUAAACUCUACAUCACAGGAGGAAUCACAUCCUCAUCCACCUCCAAACAGGUGUGUGUGUUUGACCCUGGGCGAGACGCAGGGGGAGGGGUGUGUUUAGCGGGCUCGGGGGGAGCAGGAACGACGGACACACAAAGGACACGCUCAGCUCGCACCCCCAUCCUCCCCAGCACACACACCAGCUGCUGGGAGAACAAGUCGAAGAUGAACUACGCUCGCUGCUUCCAUAAGAUGAUCUCCCAUAACGGGAAGCUGUACGUGUUCGGGGUGUGUGUGAUCCUCCGGGCGUCAUUCGAGUCGCAGGGCUGCCCAUCCACAGAGGUCUACGACCCUGAGACAGAUGAGUGGACCAUCCUGGCGUCGAUGCCCAUCGGGCGCAGUGGGCACGGUGUGGCGGUGCUGGACAGACAGAUCAUGGUGCUGGGGGGCCUCUGCUAUAAUGGACACUACUCUGACUCCAUCCUCACUUUCCACCCCGACGACAACAAGUGGAAGGAAGACGAGUAUCCCAGGAUGCCUUGCAAACUGGACGGGCUGCAGGUGUGCACUCUACACUUCCCUGAGUACGUCCUGGAGCACGUCCGGCGCUGCAGCUGAGGUCUGGUUCAGUUCAGACUUGCUCCUUUUUAAGGUUUGGGAAUGCCCCCCUUUUUAAGACAGACUUCUCCCACAGGCUCCAGACGGCAGAUGUGGGCCGGGCGGUGGAGGAUAGGUGUUUACAGGUGUGACACUAACGCUCUAACUACACAGAAGCUUCUCAACUAGAGACACAGAAUGGACUAAGAAGUCUCAAAAACCCGAUCCUAGGCAACACCAUGACUAUGGUCUGGUUUUAAUGAUGGAUGCUUUUGGCAUAGUGGAACUACGUCACUGCCUACGCCGAUAAGGUAAAAUAAAUAUUUUGGGGAUUCGCCCAGCAAAUCGCGAGGCAGACAUGCCAGAACAUAGAGAUUCAAAUCCAAAGUUUGCAGGCAAAACUUUUGCAGUGGUUUUACUUAGUUAAGUGUAAAUCCAUUUGAAUUCCAUCACUUCUUGACAGCAUCCCUUUUGAUUUGAACGAAACCUUCCAUAUACAUUUGCAUAUCUUAUAAGCGUUCAGAAAGUGACUUUGUGGACCUGAAUUUCAAAACAUUCAAGGUAAAUGUGCUCAGAGUUAAACCAUUUUGCAUAUGUGCAGUUGAAGUUGGAAGUUUACAUACACCUUAGCCAAGUACAUUUAAACUUUUUUUUUUUUUUUACAAUUCCUGACAUUUAAUCCAAUUUAAAAUUCCCUGCCUUAGGUCAGUUAGGAUCACCACUUUAUUUUAAGAAUGUGAAAUGUCAGAAAAGUAUAUAUUUAAGCUUUUAUUUCUUUCAUCACAUUCCCAGUGGGUCAGAAGUUUACAUACCCUCAAUUAGUAUUUGGUAACAUUGUCUUUAAAUUGUUUAACUUGGGUCAAAUGUUUCGGGUAGCCUUCCACAAGCUUCCCACAACAAGUUGUAUGAAUUUUGGCCCAUUCCUCCUGACAGAGCUGGUGUAACUGAGUCAGGUUUGUAGGCCUCCUUGCUCUCACGCGCUUUUUCAGUUCGGCCCACAAAUUUUCUAUAGGAUUGAGGUCAGGGCUUUGUGAUGGCCACUCCAAUACCUUGACUUUGUUGUCCUUAAGCCAUUUUGCCACAACUUUGGAAGUAUGUUUGGGGUCAUUGUCCAUUUGGAAGACCCAUUUGCGACCAAGCAUUAACUUCCUGACUGAUGUCUUGAGAUGUUGCUUCAAUAUAUCCACAUAAUUUACCUCCCUCAUGAUGAAAUCUAUUUUGUGAAGUGCACCAGUCCCUCCUGCAGCAAAGCACCCCCACAACAUGAUGCUGCCACCCCCGUGCUUCACUGUUGGGAUGGUGUUCUUCAGCUUGCAAGCCUCCCCCUUUUUCCUCUAAACAUAAUAGUCAUUAUGGCCAACCAGUUCUAUUUUUGUUUCAUCAGACCAGAGGACAUUUCUCCAAAAAGUGCGAUCUUUGUCUCCAUGUGCAGUUGCAAACCGUAGUCUUGCUUUUUUAUGGUGGUUUUGGAGCAGUGGCUUCCUCCUUGCUGAGUGGCCUUUCAGGUUAUAGAUAUAGGACUCGUUUUACUGUGGAUAUAGAUACUUUUGUACCUGUUUCCUCCACCAUCUUCACAAGGUCCUUUGCUGGUCUGGGAUUUAUUUUCACUUUUUGCACCAAAGUACAUUCAUCUCUAGGAGACAGAACCCGUCUCAUUCCUGAGCGGUAUGAUGGCUAUGUGGUCCCAUGGUGUUUAUACUUGCAUAUUAUUGUUUGUACAGAUGAACAUGGUACCUUCAAGCGGUUGAAGAUUGCUCCGAAGGAUGAACCAGACUUGUGGAGGUCUACAAUUUAUUUUCUGAGGUCUUGGCUGAUUUUCUUUUGAUUUUCCCAUGAUGUCAAGUAAAGAGGCACUGAGUUUGAAGAUAGGCCUUGAAAUACGUCCACAGGUACACCUCCAAUUGACUCAGGCUAAUUGACAGCAUUUAUCAGAAGCUUCUAAAGCCAUGACAUAAUUUUCUGGAAUUUUCCAAGCUGUUUAAAGGCACAGUCAAUUUAGUAUAUGUAAUCUUCUGACCCACUGGAAUUGUGAUACAGUUAAUUAUAAGUGAAAUAAUCUGUCUGUAAACAGUUGUUGGAAAAAUUACUUGUGUCAUGCACCAAGUAGAUAUCCUAUCUGACUUGGCAAAACUAUAGUUUGUUAACAAGAAAUUUGUGAAGUGGUUAAAAAACGAGUUUUAUUGACUCCAACCUAAUUGUAUGUGAACUUUCGACUUCAACUGUACCUCACCAUACCAUGAGACACCCAUAUCUUCUUCACCACUGGAAAAGAUAACUAUUGAGAUGUAUAUAAUUUGAAGGCUUACAAACAGGGUUGUCAUGCUAUUUUAUAAUUUCUGGGGGUAAUAACUUUUCUAAAUUUUAACAAAUGAUCUAAAAACACGUAAACUCCUAGUCAUAUGUUUUAGCUUCGACCCUAUUUUACGUCCUCUAAGGCUUUGUGACCGCCAUCUGUUGAGAACAUGCUCUUGAAUGCAGAUUGAGUGUCAUGUUUGGGCUGAUAAAAGUACUAAAAUGAGGAAAAAAUUGAAACGUCAACUUUUGAAUGGUACCACAAAGAUGUCCACACAUGUUGAUUUGAAUGGGAAUAUCUGUGUAAGUUAUACUGUCAAUCAUCCAUAGAAAACCUGUUUAAAUCAUAGAAAUAUGGAAAUUAAAAUAGAUUUGACCAUUUUAAGUUGACAUUCUAUGGUGGGUAGACGGGCUAGUAAUUUAGAAGUAAAAAUGUUGUUUCAAUUUCAAUGGUGUACCAUCUAAAUUGCAGUGGUCUGUAGAGAUAGAAUGGACCUAUGAUUGAAAUGACACCCACCCUGUAUUUAAGAGCACGCUGUUUAUCAACCGAUGGUGGGCACAACAACUUCAUGUGAAAUAGGGCCUAAGCUACAACAUAUGCGAAUAUAAAAACAAUAGUAAAUAGCUUUUAAAUGAUAUCGAACUCAACUGUUUCUCUUUUCCAGUGAAGAAGACAUGGAUGUCUUAUGGUAUGGUGGAGUAUGCACAAUGGGUCAAUUUUCAGCACCUUUUAAGUCAAAUCUAAUUUUAUUGCUCACAUACACAUUAUUUAGCAGAUGUUAUUGUGGGUGUAGCGAAAUGCUUUUUCAGGUCCAAAAAGACACUUCCUGACCACUUCUUCCAUGGGCAAACAUGUAUGGAACUUUUUGUAUAAAUUGAAAGGGAUUCUGUCAAAGUGGUUAAAUUCAAAUGUUUUUAUCGUUAAGGUAGUUCAUGCAAACUAGCCACUUGCAAAAAGGCACUCCUUAAAAACAGCUUCCAUAAUUUCCAUUUUGCUAGCUACUAUUUAGUUGUUUUUUAAAACAGAGAAAGUAGUGAUGUUGACUGACAUAGUUCCUCUUUGCCAAAAGAGUCCUGCAUUGAAACUAGACCCAAGUCACUGUUGUACGAGACUAAACAUGCCAUAGUAAUCUGUCCUACUCACGGGCAGAAAAGGUAGACUCGCUUGUGAUCAUUGGUGGUGGGUAACUCAAGCUGAUCAUUUUCAAAAUUAGCUUUCUCAGAAGAAAUUGAAAAAUAUUGAGAGAAUGUUUUUCAUGAUUUAGCUGGUUUAUUUUGGACUGAGGUCAGUUUCAUAUUGUUGUAAUUAUUAUGAUUCAGUUUCAACCUACAGUCCUCUGAACCCUCUGUCUGUCUCUCCACCAUGUGAUGUCAUGCAGUUUCUUUGUAACCCCCUCUCUGAGUCUGGGGAUCUGGAGCGCGUGUGUGUGUGUGUGUGUGUGUGUGUGUGUGUGUGUGUGUGUGUGUGUGUGUGGAUAAAUGAAUGAGCAGAAUGAGGAAAAAAAAGUAUGCACACAUCAUACUAGUGGGCAUGUGAGAAAGUUCAUUUUUAGUGACGAAGAGGAUGGUCAUGGUGAUGAUUUAGUGCUGUCAUGACUACAUUGCAAUAACACUGUUGAUCUGCUGACUGAGAGAACCAUGUCAGAGGUCAGGAACAGGGCCGGCUACAGGCAAAGCGGUCACUUGGGUCAAGGUUUCCCCAAUUUGGUCCUGCCCCCCCCCGGUUGCAUGUUUGGGUUUUUGCCAGAGCACUACACAGAUUAUUUAAAUAAUCAAAGCUUGGUGAUGAGUUGGUGAUUUGAGUCAGCUGUAGUGCUAGGGGGAAAAACUAAACGUGCACUCAGGGAGGACCUCAGGACUGGGUUUAAGAAACUAUAUAUAUUUUUUUAGGAACUCAGUCUGUGUCUAAAUUUACUGUUAAGAGAAUAAUAGAAUGCUCAAGGUGCAAACAAGUUUCCUCUUUAUCAUCACUCGCUAGGUUUCCAUCCAAUUGGCGACAGAUUUUCAUAUAUUCUAAAAUCCACGUAAAAACAAUAUACUGCAUUUUCCCACCAGAAAUGUGUUUCCAUGAAAUUGACUCUUUGCAGUUAAAAGGCUGUGCGUGAUGACAUAGUACACAUAAACAUAUAUUUUGCGAUUAGAUUCCCAUGUACCGAAUACAAUUUUUAAAAAUAUAGAAGUUCAAUUCAAUGUGUUUCCAUCACAUUUCAACUCUACUGAUGGUUUUCUCACAAAACAUGUUGCUCUAUAUAGCGAGUGUGUCCACUCUGGUACUGACACGCGUGCUCUAGCCAACAGCUCGCCAAUAAAUUGCUGGUAUAGCCUACAUCAGGGAUGGGUAACUCUCGUCCUCAGGGGCUGGACUGGUGUCACUUUCCCCAUCCCUAGCCAACACGGCUGAUGAAACUAAUUCCAUUCUAAACCGAAGAUCAUGAUUAGUUAGUUAUUGGUGUCAGAUGUGUUAGCUGGGGCUGGGGAAAAAGUUUGGCACCAAUCAGGCCCCAGAGAACUGGAGUUUCCCAUCCCUGGCCUACGUGAUGAGAUUAUUAUGGAUCAAAUUGUGGAUUAUUUGUAUUUGACAAACGGCAGCCAAGCAUUGAUGAUCAUGUCACCAGAAUAAGACCCUUGAUUAUUUAUUGGAAAGGAGCAUCAAGCUCAUCACUGCAUGUUCACCACCCUGUGAAGUUCAUCAUAACUUAUUUAAUCUGUAGCCUAAUAAACUGCAUGGUUUCCUGACGAGUUGUAGUGGGAGGACCACACAUGUCAUCGCGGGACUUCAAGUGUACUAAGAUAUGAUGGUUAUUAUAUUCAUAUUUGCGCAUAAAAGGUUUAAACUGCAUAAUUCAUUUUUCCCAACACAAAAAGGUCCCACCAUAUCUAACAUAUUUGGUUUUGUCGACAUUUGGAAAGUUUACCGACCAAUUUUCUGUUUCCAUCAGGCUGUCCUGACAUUUUCAAUCCAACGUACCUUACUCGCAUAAAAAGGUUAGAUGGAAAUCUGGUUAGUUUUAGUCACUCAAUUAGCCAUGUCAGCUAAUAUUAUUUUGAUUGUAAGUCUAUCCAGUCAUCUAAACCUGUAGUAAUCAUGGCCAAAUACCGACCGGGCAUGUAGGGCACGUGCCCAGGGGCCUUGACCUCCAGGGGGGCACCUCUGCUCAGAGUGUCUGCAGUUAUGUUUUUGUUCACAUAAAACAGUUUUACCUCCGAUUUGCUUAGUUUAAAUACUCCAGGCCACAAGGUGGCACUAGCUUGUGUCGGUUGACUAGCAAGCUGCGCUAAUUUUGUUACUAGCAAGAAUUUGAAGUAAGCCCUACAAGUCUCGCUUAGGGCCCAACCAAAUCUCGCUUUGGGCGCCCAAAAGGCUAGAGCCGACCCUGGUCAGGGAUGACAAUUGUUAAGGUCCUGGUCUCUCUGGCAGUACUGUAUGUAAGAUUACACUUGAUUUAUUGACGUUAACUCUGUCUGCUUUGAGUGUUACUGUUACUGACUGCUGAAGGGUUUUUUUGCAAGGUAGGAGUAGGGUGUUGGCCACAAAUGUACUAGAAACAACUUUUGAAUAAAAAAAUAAAAAAAAAAAAGUUGAUACAGAAAAAUAAGAUGAGUUUACAUUAAAGAUGAACUUGAAAUGGACAUGGCGUUCCUUACUCAAUACUCCCAGUAAUGCAACACCAUGAACUAUUUUUGCCUUCUAAUCAAGAGUUGAUAUCUUGAGCGUCAGUUAUCUGGCUUGCUUAUUAAUCCUACUUUGUGAAACCCUACCCUGACCGUAGUCCUGUCUGCCUCUGUCUGACUGACUGAGCCAGUUGCAGCGAAUGAACCUGCUCAUCUCUAUCUCAUUCUUCUUUUCAUGAGCAACAAUGAAAAGGGCUAAAACACAUUAUUCUGCAGUUCUGUCUGUCAGCCUUUUUUUAUGUGUGUUUAUCUAACACCCAUCCACCACCAGGUAACUUGGUGUGAUUGUGGUUUAGAAUAUAAUGUUGAUAUGAUUUGCAUUGCAUUAGGUCAUGGUCUUUAUGAUGCUUUUAGAGAGGGAGAGAGAGAGAGAUUGUGCCACUUGUUCUGUGCUAUACCUCCCUCUUCUCUCCUUCCUCUCCUCUAUGCAACAUCCUCCUGCGUACAUUCAUGGUUUUAUUCAGUAAAACCCACAAGUGCAGUAUUUAUGCAGUAGCUUACAAACAUACCUUUCCCCGCACAGUCAGAUAAAGUCUCAGAGCGGUUUGCGGUACUGUAGAAAUAACAGGUAGACCCCCCCCCCCUCACAGGUAGAUGUCUCCAUUUGGCAGAGUAAUAUGUGUGUGUGCUGUAGGCAGUCAUGUUAACAGUCUCAGUUUACACAUCACAAAGGCAGGUUAGAUUUAAUAUGGUCUUCUCCCAUCUCUGUUUGUUUUGUAUCAAUGUAUAUUUUCCCAUGUGAAAAUUACUAUCAAUAUCAUGAACUCUAAGGCCCAGUUGGUUUCCCAGACGUAAGGCUGCUUCUGGACUAAAAAGCAAUGUGCAAUAGAGAAUCUCCAUUGAAAUCGGUUUUUGGGUCCAGGAAUAGUAUGCUUCUGGCCAAAGGGCCCAUAUUAUGCCAAACUCUUGUCUUCAAUCUGCUGUCUCUGCUGGUCAACAUGUGUAUCUACUACUCCUGCUGUUUUUAUUUUGGACAUGGCCUGCCUGUCUGUCAUUGCUCAGCAUUUAAUCCUCAUCAGCCCUCAGUCUCAGUAGGAUAAAAUAAUAGAAUAUUGAGGAUAAAAAUACCAUGUAUGAUGACUAUUUGACAAAAAAAUGAAUAGAUAAACAAUGUAUUUACUAUAAUCUGAGUAGACACUGCUAUUUGGAACACUUUGUAAUUUCUAUCCAGAAAUAAAUGUUCAUACUGUUCAG